AUGGCAAGUCACAUCGCCAGGGAUGAGAAGGCACAGCCAGAUACCGCCUUGGCCAAUGACACUCAGUCAAAUUCAGAGACCGAAGAUCUCGCUAUGUUGGCUUUGGAAAAACGCAUGUGCUUCGUUUUCUUCUUCCAGUAUCUAGACAAGCAGAGCCUGAGCUAUGCAUCAGUGUAUGGUCUUAUCACUGACCUGAACUUGAGGGGCAACCAGUUCGCAUGGACCUCUUCCAUAUUUUACGUUGGACAGCUUGCUUCUGAGUUCCCGUUCAUCUACCUCAUGAGCCGCUUCAGACUGUCUAAGUUCGUUGGAAUUACAAUUGUUGUCUGGGGCGCAGUCUGCAUGUGCCUUGCCGCUCCAAAAACAUACCAUCAGUUCUUAGCUGUGCGCUUUUUUCUAGGAGCAGCAGAAGGGGCAGUCAGUCCAGCCUUCAUCACCAUUACAAGCAUCUGGUACAAGAAAAGCGAGCAUGCGCUACGUAUAGGUUGCUGGAUUACAUGCAAUGCUCUUGCGCAAAUCGUCGGCUCUCUACUCAUGUACGGCAUCGGAGAACACAACAAAUCAUCGCUGGCAUCUUGGAGACUCAUGUUCCUUGUCUGUGGGAUAUUCACCUCGCUCUGCGGAGUAGUUUUCUAUUUCGUCAUGCCCGACGGUCCGGAUACGGCUUGGUUUUUGACCGCGGAAGAGAAGGUCGCUGCUCGUCAUCGGCUCUCUGAAGAUCACGACGGCGGCGACAAGACAUCCUUUUCCAUGGCACAACUCAAGGAGGCUGCAUUCGACUUCAAGACAUAUGCUGCGUUUGCUUUCGGUAUCCUCGUCACUGCUCCGGCUCCAGUGCUCACUCUGUGGACGACGGAGACUGCGCCUCGGUAUACUGCCGGCUUGAUUGUUUCGGUGGUGGAUUGGAUUCUUCUCAUGUUGCUUAUGGCGUACUAUUGGUACCACGGAUGGAGUGAGAACAAGAGGAGGGACGAACUUGAGAAAGAGUCGACUGUCACAGUAUACGAGGCUGGUGCAGAUGUUACAGACAAGCAGGACUUGACUUUUAGAUAUUCUCUAUAG